AUGGAUUCAACACAAGCGUUUCUGGACAAUGUCGACGAUCUUACAGACCUCGAGCUGGCCGUCCUCCUCGGCCUCGUUGCGCAGCAUCCUUGCAUGGUGGUGACCAGGGAUGACCUCCUUGAUGAUUUGGCAUCCGAACUUGCACUGAUCGUCAGAGACAUGUUCAGUCUCUCGUAUAUCAUACUUGAUCGAGACGAUCUGCAGUCUAUCCAGACCUUUGGUGCUGCUAUUCUGGAUGAUGACAACAACGAGUUCGAUGAUGUACCUCACGAGUCAAAUGUUGAUGUGGAGAGUGGCAUGCUCCAUUCCAAGCUUGCCUCCGUAAAUUUCGGCGGAGGAUCGUCAAACACUGCUGAUCACCAGAAAUUGGAUACAAGGAGAGUUGUCAAUGUCAUCAUUGCCAAAGACUUCAACCUCGCACACGAAGACGUGCAGAUUCAGGCUCUCGACCUUAUCAGGAAGCGGAGAAUAUACAGUCGAACAACCGUACAUCUUGCGCCACCGAUAUUCCUGCUACUUCCGCUUGUUGCUGCCUCCUCUCAGCAUAUCCGAUUGAACAAACACCUUAACGACCGCAUAUUCAUGUCACACACUCACGUGCCAGAAGACGGAUUUCCCAACCUGGAAGAGUUAGACCACGCGGCCAAUUCAGAAGACCACGACUCCACUUAUUCCUACUCUAGAUCCCCAAGUGGAAGACGGCAGCAAAUGAUUGCGAAUCGCCGAAUCGACACCAAGUUGAUAGAACAGCUACGGGCCCAGGGUGAGGCUGCAACGAUCACUCCGGAAGUUCGAAGGUACCUGCAGGAUGUUGUGGCUUUUCUUCGGAUGGAGAGAGGUGUUGACGGCGGUAUAUCGCCGUAUGCAACGACCCUUUUUCUCGCCCUAGCAAAAUACCUGGCACCAUUUCACGGGAUUGAUUAUGUAACGCCAUCAUUAGUCGCGUUGGCGGCGAAGAAGAUAUACCCACAUCGAAUCAUUAUGGCCAUCCCAGGACGCGAACGGAGCACUCAGUACGGGACUGAUCUUGCGUCUGCACGAGACCUCUUGGAAGAUUUGGACCCAGACAAAGUGAUCCAAAACGUUCUCGAUACAAUUGAAUGCCCGACAUGA